AUGGCUUCGAGACCGGUCAAAAUAAAUGAACUACUUUAUUUUGUUAAUAAUAAUUUAAAUUUAUUAGCGAAAGAAUCAUUUAUUAAUAAUACUAGUGAAUUUUAUACUAAUGACGAUAUCGUUUCAGCAAUUAAAACAUUAAAAUGUGAAAUAGAAUCACUAAAGUUAGAAAAAAUAGAAAAAUUUCCCUCGCGCGGGAAUUCAAAACGUGAAAAACUUCUGGAAUGCUUGACUUUAUUCAGGUAUAUUAAAAAUAACAAUUUGUUGGAUAGAAUAACAUUAUUUUGCAGUUCUGAUAUAAACAAAAUACCAAACACGGAAAACUGGCUGAAAAUAAAUUUCGACUUUGUUAACAAACAAAUAAAAGAAAUGUUGUUCAGUCAACAAGCUGAAAUUAACAAAAUGUUUUUGUCUUACACUACCGAGUUGGAUAAUGUAAAAAAUAAACUUAACUCUCUUGUUGGUGAAAGUCGUCAAAUGUCAACAACGAAAAAAAAUGUCAACAACGAAAUUCCAACGACAAAUAACGCGCAGCAAGAUAACAUUCUACAGGACAAAAAUCUCUGGUCAAACAGAGUAACAACACCAGUGGAGAACUUACCGUUCAGUUUCGUACUGCGCAAAAACAAGCGUCCACGGUCAGACAACAGCAGCACCAAUCGCAGUGAAACCAAUAGCAACAACGCCAACCGUCAAAACAACAACAUCAUGAAAUAUUCAGAGGUUGCAAAAAAAGUUUCAAAUAAAAUUGUUGGAAACAAAGUCAGCAAUGAUUGCAAAUUGAAAGCGGAGAAACAGCUGAUAAAAAUCCACAAUGUUUUCAGAGUGUGUGUCGAAAGUUGUGACGCCAGCAAGAUGAAAGAUCCUGACAUCAUUUUGAAGCACAUCAUCGUUCGUGAGUGGCGCUUCAACCAGAAAAAACCCGAAAAAACCAUCACUGAAACAUGGCUUAAUGAUAGUACAGAGGAUUUGAUUUGUAUGAACGGUUUCAAAUUCAUCGGAAAAAAUCGAUUGAGCAAACACGGUGGAGGAGUAGGAUUCUACGUAAGCAAUAACUUGACCUUCAAGACAAGAGAUGAUUUAAACAAGUUGGGAGGUCUAGAUUUUGAAACUUUUGCAAUUGAAUUAAAGACUGAUCCUUUAACCAAAAAUUUCGUCAUUGUUGUAUCAUACAGACCACCCAGUUGCAACGCGAUCUAUUACCUGCAGCAUUUGGAAAUUAUAUUGCAACAAAUAGACGUUGAAAACAAGCAUGUUGUUAACACAGGUGACCUCAACAUUGAUAUGAGUGACACGAACGAUGAUGUUAACAAAAUGUAUUUGUGUCAACUUUUUACCUGCUACAGUUUUGAUCAGUUAAUAACGCUUCCAACAAGAAUCAGUGUUGAAAAGCAAUCAAUCAUCCGACUGCUUUUUCACAAACUUUCCGCAACAGGUAGCGUUAUGUGGUGUGCACGUUCAUGA